GGAGGCGGUGGAGCGGGCAACGGGGGCGGUGGUGGCGGUGAAGGCUCCAAGAAGGUGCUCUCGGCUCGCCCCGCCUACAUCAGCCGCACCAUCGAGAUCGAGGCCCUGCAGCGGCUGUGGGCAGCACCAGCACCGGUCACACCGCCCAUCAUCCGGCUGCUAGCCACGCACGAGGACAGCCGGCACCUGCACAUUGUCACGGACAAGGCGCAGGGGGGCGACCUUUUCAUGGCGCUCGCUGCACGCUCCUCCUUCACUGAGGCUGAUGCUGCACACAUUGCUGCUGCAGGCGGUGGCGCUGUGCCAUGCGAGGGGCGUCACCCACCGCGACCUG